AAUCAAUUUGAUAUCCGUCGUAUUUCGGCCGAUCUGCUUAUAAGUAAGAGUAUGGGGUUGUGAUCCGGACCUCCGUGCUUCAUCAACUGAGUACUAUACUGUCAAAACGAAGAAAAACUAGUGCUGAACGCAUUCGCAGUGCUGCUAGUGCUAAGCUUGGCAUCCUCUCCGGCCGGUCUGAAUGGAGGAUCAAAGCCUGAAGCCCAUCCGUUGCAAAGCGGCGGUGUGCAGAGCCAACGGCGCGCCGCUGGUCAUCGAGGAUAUCUUCGUGGAUGCACCCAAAGCCUACGAGAUUCGCAUCAAGAUCAUCUGCACCUCCCUCUGCCACACCGACCUCACCUUCUGGCGUGUGAAGGAGGAAUUUGGCAUACCGCCGUUGUUUCCGAGGAUCUUAGGCCACGAGGCCUACGGGGUGGUGGAGAGCGUGGGGGAACGCGUGGAGGGCUACGCGGCGGGGGACACGGUGGUGCCGACGUUCCUGGGGCAGUGCGAGUCGUGCUCCAGCUGCGCGUCGGAGGGGAACAACAUGUGCUCCGCGGUGCCGUUCGCCCUCGGCCCCGGGAUGCGGCGCGACGGCACCACCCGGUUCAGGGACACCCAUGGCGCCCCGCUGCAUGACCUCAUGGCCGUGUCCAGCUUCAGCCAGUACACCGUCGUCGACGUCAACCAGGUCGUCAAGGUCGACGCCUCCGUGCCGCCCAAGCUCGCCUGCAUCCUCGGCUGCGGCGCCGGCACCGGUGUGGGAGCUGCGUGGAAGUUGGCCAAGGUGGAACCUGCGUCGUCUGUGGCUGUCUUCGGGCUGGGAGCGGUCGGGUUGUCGGUGGCACAGGGCGCAAAGAUGUGCGGAGCAUCGAAGAUCAUCGGUGUUGACCUGAACCCUGACAAACGGGAACUCGGGAAAAUAUUCGGCGUGACAGAUUUCAUCAACCCAUCAGAACUCGGCGAGAGUUCAGUCGUCGAGGUGAUAAUCAAGAUGACAGGAGGCGGCGCUGACUACUGCUUCGAAUGCAUUGGUUUGGCCUCGGUGAUGACCGAUGCAUUCAGAAGCUGUAAACAGGGAAAGGGGAAGACGGUCAUCCUGGGGGUCGAGCAGGACGGAAAGCCCAUCUGCCUGCCGGCCUUCGAGUUCCUGUUCGGCAAGUGCGUCAUGGGAUCGCUCUUCGGGGGCAUCAAGCCCAAGACCGACAUCCCGAUCCUCGCCGAGAAAUGCAUGAACAAGGAGCUAGAGCUGGAGAAGCUGAUCACACACGAACUGGACCUGCAGGACAUAAACACGGCCUUCGACCUGCUCGUGCAGGGGAAGAGCCUCAGAUGCAUCAUCUGGAUGGAAAAGCUCGUGGUCUGAAGUCUGAAGAGGACAGGGGCAGAGAUAUUGGCUCGGAAUUGGCUGAUGCAGCGAUCGACUAAAUCUGUUGCUUAUUUCCCUGGUGCUACUCAUUUUGCUUGAGACGCCGGUGUGGAUGGCCGGAAACGGAAGCUAGAUGUCCCAUCAUGAAUAAUUGCUGUACUUUGUAUUGACAUUGUGUUGUGCCGUACCAUUUCGAUAUCAGGCAGAGGAACUAAACUGUUGCCGUAUUAAUUUGUGAUGCAACUCUUUAGCGAUA